AUGGCUAGCAUCAAUUCUUCAAGGAGCACCGUCGUCGUAUCUUCUUUGUCUUCGCAACCUGCACCCCGAGCCUCGACGCAGCUUCUUCCGCAGCAAGCGACGAAUCAACUCCCAGUCGACGGUUCGAAUUAUCGUGCACGCAAUCUCUGUAUCUGCAUGUCAUUGUUGUCUCCAUUGACAAUCACGGGCAAUUACGAUAAUGCCCUACUCAAAUACAUUCGCCAGCCUAUGGUAUUAAUCCCCACACAAGAAGAUGAGGGAACGAAGAGGAGAGAAUAUUUGCUGGAGAGAACUGCAAGAGAACUGCAGGAAAGUACUACAGUAGAGAAAUUGAAAUUGAUAGACACGAUCCAACGGUUGGGAAUCGGCUACUACUUUGAGGAAGAUAUCAAUGCAAUCCUGCUGGUUGAAUUUUCCAAUGCUCUUAUUACCGAAGAUAACCUCUUCACAACGGCACUACGCUUUCGUCUGCUUCGCCACAAUGGCUUCCAAAUCACUUCCGAUGUAUUCUUGAAAUUCAUGGAUGAAAAUAGAAAGUUCGAAGAAUCUUUGGCCGACGACACGCUAGGGUUACUAAGUUUAUACGAAGCAUCGUACAUGGGAGCAAACGGAGAGGAAAUAUUGGAGGAAGCUACGAAAUUCACCAAGGCUUACCUCCAGCUGUCGAUACGCCAGCUGUCCCCGCCACAUCAUCAUGACCAGCUGGUGAUCGAAGCCCUAAAGCUGCCGAGGCACAUGCGAAUGGCUAGGUUAGAAACCAGACAGUACAUCGAAAAAUACGGUGCGCAAAGCGACUGCGACGCAGCCCUUUUGGAACUAGCAACUCUUGACUAUAACAAGGUUCAAACUCAACACCAAAUCGAACUCGCAGAAAUUACGAGGUGGUGGAGGCAGCUUGGUCUUGUUAAGAAGUUGACUUUUGCUCGAGAUAGGCCGUUGGAGUGCUUUUUAUGGACCGUGGGUUUACUUCCCGAACCAAAGUACUCUACGUGUCGAAUAGAGCUUGCUAAAACCAUAGCCAUUUUGUUGGUAAUCGAUGAUAUUUUCGAUACCUAUGGCAAAAUGGAUGAACUCGUCAUCUUCACGGAUGCCAUUCGAAGAUGGGAUCUCGAAGCAAUCGAAACCCUACCCAAGUACAUGAAGAUAUGCUACUUGGCGUUGUACAACACGACCAACGAAAUAUGCUACAACGUGCUCAAGGAGAACGGGUGGACUGUCCUUCCGUAUCUUAAAUCUACGUGGAUAGACAUGAUUGAAGGUUUUAUGGUGGAGGCGACGUGGUUCAAUGGUGGAAGUGAACCGAACUUGGAAGAGUACAUAGAGAAUGGGGUUUCCACUGCAGGGGCAUAUAUGGCAUUUGUGCAUCUCUUCUUUCUAAUAGGUGAAGGAGUCACUCGAGAAAAUUCCGAGUUAUUGCUCAACAAACCCUACCCUAAUAUCUUCUCUUUCGCCGGUCGAAUUCUUCGUCUUUGGGAUGAUCUCGGAACUUCCAAGGAAGAGGAAGAACGAGGCGAUAUGGCGUCGAGCAUACGUUUGUUCAUGAGAGAGAAAAAUAUAGAGAGAGAAGAAGAAGGGAGAAAGCGUGUUUUGGAAGAGAUAUACGGGCUGUGGAAAGAUCUAAACGGUGAGAUGAUGUGCGAAAAUCGGGUGAUGCCGUUGGCGAUUAUCGACGUCGCGCUUAACAUGGCUAGAGCUUCACAAGUUGUGUACAAUCAUGAAGAGGAUAGCUACUUCUCUAAUGUGGACAAUUAUGUGGAGGCUCUCUUCUUCACUCCAAUUGCUUCAUAUCUUUAAUUAAUAUGAAGUUUUUAAUUUCUAUAU